UCCGCCUUCUUCCUUUGAGCCUCUAAUGUAUUCCUGCUUUCUAGUUCUCUUUUUCUGUCCUUGCUGGCUUUCUUCAAGUGGCUCCGUGGCACCUGCAGCCCCGGGAUUCCUGCUCCUUUCAGCUAUGAUUCACCGAGUCCUUCUGUUAACAGCCUUGGGCUUGUGUCAUGGGUUCAACCUGGACACUCAAAACGCAAAGAUCUUUCAAGCGAACACAAGGAGCUUCGGGCAGAGUGUGGUCCAGUUUGAGGGAUCCCGGAUCGUGGUUGGAGCCCCCCAGGAGGUAAAGACUGCCAACCAAACAGGCGGCCUCUACCAGUGUGACUACAGCACGUCCACCUGUGAGCCCAUCCACCUGCAGGUCCCACCGGAGGCUGUGAACAUGUCCCUGGGCCUGUCUCUGGCAUUUGCCAGCAACCCUGACCAGCUGCUGGCCUGCGGCCCCACCGUACACCAGGCCUGCAAGGAGAACACCUACGUGAACGGCUUGUGUUUCCUGUUUGGACGCAACCUGCUGCAGCAGCCCCAGAGGUUCCCGAAGGCCCUCAGAGAGUGUCCGCAGCAGGAAAGCGACAUUGUCUUCCUGAUCGAUGGCUCCGGAAGCAUCGACUCAAAUGACUUCCAGAAGAUGAAGGCGUUUGUCUCAACUGUGAUGAAUCAAUUUACAAAGUCUAAAACCUUGUUCUCUCUGAUGCAGUUCUCGGACAGCUUCCGGACUCAUUUCACCUUCAAAGCGUUCGAAGCUAACCCUUACCCAGAACAGCUGGUGAACCAAAUAGAACAGCUGGAGGGGUGGACACACACUGCCACAGCAAUCCGCAAAGUGGUAAGGGAACUGUUUCAAAGAAGAAACGGAGCCCGGGACAAUGCCCUUAAGAUUCUAGUUGUCAUCACAGAUGGACAAAAAUAUCGUGAUCCCUUGGACUACAAGGACGUCAUCCCUGAAGCUGACAGAGCGGGUGUCGUUCGCUAUGUCAUUGGGGUGGGAUCGGCCUUCAGCACGGAGCGAUCGCGCCAAGAGCUUAACACCAUUGCCUCCACGCCGGCUCGCGAUCAUGUGUUCCGAGUGAAUAACUUCGAUGCUCUGAAGACCAUUCAGAACCAGCUUCAGGAAAAGAUCUUUGCAAUCGAGGGUACUCAGACGGGAAGUACCAGCUCCUUUGAGUAUGAGAUGUCUCAGGAAGGCUUCAGUGCCUCCAUCACCUCUAAUGGUCCCUUGCUGGGCGCUGUCGGGAGCUUUGCCUGGGCUGGCGGAGCCUUUCUGCACAUGCCAGGAGAUAAAAUCAUCUUCAUCAACACAACCAGGGUGGACUCAGACAUGAAUGAUGCUUACCUGGGUUAUGCGGCCGAUGUCAUCUCGCGGAGCAAGGUACAGAUGCUCGUUCUGGGGGCGCCGCGGUACCAACACACGGGCAUGGCGGUGCUGUUCAAACCGAAUGCUGGUACCUGGGAGACCAGCACUGUCAUCAAGGGCAGCCAGAUCGGCUCCUACUUUGGGGCCUCCCUCUGCUCUGUGGACGUGGACAGAGAUGGCAGCUCCGACCUGGUCCUCAUCGGGGCUCCCCAUUACUAUGAGCCAACUCGGGGGGGGCAGGUGUCUGUAUGCCCCUUGCCCCGGGGGAGGGCUAAGUGGCAGUGUGACGUCAUUCUCCGUGGGGAGCAGGGCCACCCCUGGGGCCGCUUUGGGGCAGCCCUGACAGUGCUGGGGGACAUGAAUGGGGACAGGCUGACGGACGUGGCCAUCGGGGCCCCGGGGGAGCAGGAGAACUCAGGUGCUGUCUACCUGUUCCAUGGAACUUCAAGUCUGGGCAUCAGCCCCUCCCACAGCCAGCGGAUUGCAGGCUCCCAGCUCUCCCCCAGGCUCCAGUAUUUCGGUCAGUCUCUGAGUGGGGGCCAGGACCUCACAAUGGAUGGACUGGUGGACCUGGCCGUGGGGGCCCAGGGGCACGCACUUUUGCUCAGGUCCCAGCCUGUGCUGAGGCUUGCCGUGACCAUGGAGUUCACCCCCAGGGAAUUGGCCAGGAAGGUGUUUGAGUGUCAUGAACAUGUGGUGAAAGGCCAGAGUGCUGGAGAGGUCAGAGUCUGCCUCCGUGUUCACAAGAGCAUACGGGACCGGCUGCAAGAAGGAGAAAUCCAGAGCAUUGUCACCUACGACCUGGCUCUGGACCCAAGUCGCUCUCAUCCCCGGGCCAUCUUUGAUGAGACAAAGAACCGCACAAGCAGACGGACACAGGCCUUUAGCCUGAAUCAGAAAUGUGAGACCCUGAAGCUACAGUUACCGGAUUGUGUUGAGGACUCCGUAACUCCGAUCGUCCUGCGCCUCAACUUCUCUCUGAUGGGGCAGCCUUCACCCUCUUUCGGGAACCUCCGGCCUGUGCUGGCGGAGGAUGCUCAGAGACUCUUCACGGCCAUGUUACCCUUUGAGAAGAACUGUGGCAAUGACACCAUCUGCCAGGAUGAACUCAGUGUCACCUUCAGUUUCAUGAGCCUGAGCACUCUGGUGGUGGGCGGUCCCCGAGACUUCAACGUCAUGCUGACUGUGAGGAACCAGGGCGAGGACUCCUACAGCACCCACCUCACCUUCUUCUACCCAUCUGGCUUGUCCUAUCGGACGGUGUCCGGGGUCCAGAACCAGCCCGCAUGGCGGUCCUGGCAUGUGAUCUGUGUGUCUGACACCUCCAGCAAAGGACCUGGGACCAUGCAGAGCAGCAGAUGCAACAUAAACCACCCCAUCUUUCCAGGCAGCUCAGAGGUCACCUUUAAUAUCACACUGGACGUGGAAUCUAAUGCUUUCUUUGGAAACAGAGCACUUUUCAAAGCCAAUGUGACUAGUGAAAACAACGUACCCAGGACCAAUAAAACGGAGUUCCAGCUGGAGCUGCCUGUGAAAUAUGCCAUCUACAUGGCGGUCACCAGCCAGGAGGCCUCCACCAAAUACCUCAACUUCUCAGCUUCCGAGAAGACCCAGCACGUUAUAACGCAUCAGUAUCAGUUCAACAACCUGGGGCAGAGGGCCCUCCCCAUCAGUGUGGUCUUCUGGGUUCCCAUCCAGCUCAACCAGGUGACCGUAUGGGACGAUCCCCAGGUCACCUUUUCCCAGAACCUCUCCAGUUCGUGCCGCAGAGAGAAGAGGGCCCCUCCGCACUCUGACUUCCUGGCUAAGCUUAAGAAGGCCCCAGUGCUGAACUGCUCCAUUGCUGUCUGUCAGAGAAUCCAGUGUGACCUCCCGUCCUUUGAGAGCCAGGAAGCAUUCAAUGUCACCCUCAAAAGCAACUUCUCCUUUGACUGGUACAUCAAAACUCCACACGGCCACCUUCAGGUUGAGAGCACAGCAGAGAUCUUGUUCGAUGACAUGAUGUUUGCUCUGCUUCCGGGACAGGAGGCAUUUGUGAGGGCCCAGACAGAGACCAAAGUGGAGCCGCAUGAAAUGCCAAACCCGGUUCCCCUUAUUGUGGGCAGCUCCGUGGGCGGGCUGGUGCUGCUGGCCCUCAUCACUGCUGGCCUGUACAAGCUCGGUUUCUUCAAACGGCAGUACAAAGACAUGAUGGGCGAAGCUGGUCCCGAAGCUGCCCCGUCUCAGUAACAGCUCCUGUCUGCGAGUGGCCUCCCCCAAAGCAAGCAGGACCUGGGUUAGGCCGACGUGCAGGCUGCUGGACAGACACGUCCCUCAGGAGGCUGGACAGUGACGUCACACUCAGGAAAGACUUGCUUGGGUUUCCGUUUCCAUUCCUGUGUGUGUGCAUGUAAACGUGCGUGUGUGUGUGUGUGUGUGUGUGUGUGUAUGUGGCUGCAUCUGUGACGCAGACGGCUCCUGCGUGGGGAGGUGCCUUCAGCACACCCGCUCAGGCACAAGGGGGUUACUUAGGCUUCCUUGGGGCACACGUGGCUGGUAGCUCUUAUGGAUGAGCACAAUGGGAGGGUGUUAGAUCCCUUCCCUGCAGCAGGAAGGGCGACCUCCCUCCAUGGGUCAGCAUGCGGCCUGCAGGGGCCUGGCAGCUGGGCAACACCACCCGGAGAAGCCCUGCGAGAGCCAGGGUCUGGUUAGCCGGGGAGCCUGUCCCAACCCUAGAACUGAGUAUGUCUAGUGAGCAAUGACACGCUGCCUUCUAUCUACUUGUUUAUUUAUUAGUUUAACGUUUGUUUUAUUUGUUUGAAUUGAUUAACCGGUCCAUAGUGCAGAAAUCAAAAGACGUGGAGGGUGUGGGGUGAAAAGUGUUCCUUCCUUCCUGGUCCCCCAACCAUUCAAGUCGCUCCUAGCAGGCAGUCUAGGCUACGUGUUUCAGGGUCUCUUUCACAAAGACUCUAGGUGUGCGCGUACACACACACACACACACACACGCACGUGCGAGCGCUGUUUACACAGAGGAUAGCAUACAUUACUUAUACUGUUCUGCAUCUUGCUUUUUCCAUUCCUGUACCUCAGACAUUGUUUCGUAUAAGACAUAAGAUCUUACGCUUUUAUACAGCUCAAUGGGAUUCCAUCCUGUGGGGGAGUCACAAUGUGUUUAACCAGUAUCCUUUUGAUAUAUUAUUUCUAAUCGCUCAUGAUUAAAACAAUUGUGCAUUCA